AUGGCUUCCAUCCCUUUCAUUAAGACUCUCAACUCAACCUGUGUUUUAGUUUCUUUGCUGCUACUCCUGCAACCGUUUCUAGUCAAGUGUCAUGGCGGCGAAGAACAUGACAGUGGUAGCGGCACUGAGGACGAACAUAAAGUUCUGCAUUCGAAAGGCUUGGUUUUGGUGAAAGUAUGGUGUUUGAUUAUUCUACUGGUGAGCACUUUCGCCGGUGGGAUCUCCCCCUACUUCUACCGAUGGAACGAAAGCUUUCUUCUCUUGGGCACGCAAUUUGCUGGUGGGGUUUUUCUUGGUACCUCUUUGAUGCAUUUCUUGAGUGACUCAGCUGAGACAUUUGGUGACCUUACCACCAAAACAUACCCUUUUGCAUUCAUGCUAGCAUCGGCUGGGUAUCUGCUAACCAUGCUCGGGGAUUGCAUCGUGCUAUUUGUGACAAGUUCCAGCGAAAAAGAAGCUAGAGUGGAAGUGGAGGAGGGAAGGACUGAUGCAGAGCAUGAUCAUAAGGAGGAUGAAGAUGGCGUCAGCCCGGUUUUCUUGAAGACAUCGUCUUUCGGAGACACCAUACUUCUUAUCCUUGCCCUUUGUUUUCAUUCGGUUUUUGAGGGUAUUGCUGUUGGAGUUGCAGAUACAAAGGCAGAUGCAUGGAGGAAUCUGUGGACGAUAUCAUUGCACAAGAUUUUUGCAGCCGUUGCUAUGGGGAUAGCAUUACUGAGAAUGCUACCUAAGAGGGCAUUGCUGGUGACUGCAGCUUACUCUUUUGCUUUUGCUGUUUCUAGCCCCAUUGGAGUAGGCAUAGGCAUUGCCAUUGAUGCCACAACUCAAGGACGUGUAGCUGAUUGGAUUUAUGCCAUUUCCAUGGGGCUUGCUUGUGGGGUUUUCAUCUAUGUUGCAAUCAACCAUCUCAUUGCCAAAGGCUUCAAGCCACAAGCCAAAUCUUACUUUGACACUCCAGCUUUCAAGUUUCUUGCUGUGCUUCUUGGGGUGGGAGUGAUAGCAGUUGUUAUGAUCUGGGAUUAA